AGCUUAUGCUUUUUCUCUAAGAAAAAACUCUUUUUCUAUAAUCACUUCCCAUUCAGAAAAAGCUUCUCCAUUCCUAUUCAUUAUAUUAAACCAAACCCUCUUCAAGCAUUUGCAUUACAACUAUGGAAAGCCCAAAUAACAGACGGCAUUUCAUUCUCUCUUCUCUUUUCUUCAUUGUGUUUCUAUGCGUUCUUGCUUCCAUCAACGAGCUUCGAUUCUAUAGCUUAUUGAAGCUCGGUCAAUGCGCUAUUAUAAACUCUUCUAUAUCUCCGCAUUCAAAUCAAUCUCCGUUGUUCAGUAAUGAUACUUUAACAAAGAAAUUUUCUUCUUCUUCUUCUUCGGAAGAGGAUAUUCGGAUCCUCAUCGGAAUCUUGACCCUUCCUGAUCAGUAUCAUCGCCGCCACUUCUUGCGUAUGAUCUACGGGACGCAGCCACUGGUGGGGGGACAAGUUGACGUCAAGUUCGUGUUCUGCAACUUAACAAAGGAAGAUCAAAAGGUACUUGUAGCCCUAGAGAUAAUGCGUUAUGAUGAUAUUAUAAUUCUCAAUUGCAAAGAGAAUAUGAACAAAGGCAAAACGUACACUUACUUUUCAAGCUUGCCUGAAAUUUUCAACGUCUCGGAUGGGCCUAAUCCUCCUUACCAUUACGUAAUGAAAGGUGAUGAUGAUGCUUAUUUUAGGUUACAAAGUUUAGUAAAUUCUUUGAAGCCAUUACCUAGAGAAGAUUUAUAUUAUGGCUAUGUCAUUCCAUGCCCUAGCAUGGACCCUUUUGUGCAUUACAUGUCGGGGAUGGGAUAUUUAGUCUCUUGGGAUAUUGUGGAGUGGAUUAGGAUUUCUAAUAUACCAAAAAAUCACCUCGAAGGACCUGAGGAUAAGGUAUUCGGGGAUUGGAUCCGGGAGGGACAUAAGGCCAAAAACCGGUAUAAUGCUAAAUGGUCGAUGUACAACUUUCCGGUGCCGCCAACAAGAUGUACACAUGAGCUUUGGCCGGACACAAUUGCUGUGCAUUUGUUGAAGAAUCAGGAGAAGUGGAUUGAGACUUUGAAAUAUUUCAAUGUCACUGAUAAUUUAAAGCCUUCUAAGUUAUAUCAUAUACCUUGAUUUGGGAAUAUUAUGCCAAAGAGAGGCAUAAUCUAAUCAAUUACAAUUUUUUCUGUUUAUUCUUUUGAAUCAAUUGUUGUAUUUUUUAUUUUUUUA